UGCACUGGCGUUGCAUUUCAACCCUUUCUACAAAUUGAAAAACAGAAGUCAAGCCGGCAGUCAAUGGAGACAAAAACACAAGACCUGAGCAACUUCACACGCCCAGCCGGAUUCUACAUCAGAGGUUUCUACGCACUAAAACAUGGAGAAUACUACUUCAUGUUUCUGGCGGUUAUUUACGUCCUGACACUUGUGUCAAAUGCAAUGUUGAUGGUGGUCAUAUGGUUCGCAGAAAACCUCCACACCCCAAAGUACAUGGCCGUGUUCAGCCUGGCAGUGGUGGACGUUAGUUUCAGCACCGCUCUGAUUCCUAAAGCUGUCCAUAUGUAUGUCUUUGGUUCAAAAUUUGUGUACUACGACCCUUGCUUGGCACAAAUGUUCUUCGUCCAUUAUUUCUCAUCGAUGGAAUCGUUUGCUCUCUGCGUUUUGGCCUACGACAGGCUCAUCGCCAUUUGUUUCCCAUUACGAAGCAAUGUUUUAAAUACCAACUGUAAAAUGAUGCUGGUUAUCAUUGUGUCGUGGUCAAUACCGUUUAUCAUAGUCGUGGCGAUGGUUGCCUUGAUUCCCCCACUGGCGUACUGUAAAUCGACGAUUGUCAACAGCUUCUUCUGUGAUCACGGCCCAGUCUUUAAGAUCGCUUGCGGUGAUUAUUCUAAGAACUGGUUUAUGGCCGCUCUUACCACGGUAGGCUUGUACUUUGUUCCUUUUGGCUUCAUAGCUGUGACAUACCUGUUUAUUAUGCACGCCAUUUUGAACAUUAAAUCGUCGGAGGGUAGAUGGAAAGCGUUUAAAACGUGUUCUUCGCAUUUAAUUUUGGUUGCUAUAUUUUUCGUACCUUAUCUCGUAACUUACAUCGUGGCUUGGGUUAAUGUGAACAUUGAUACGGACACCAGAAUUCUCAACACGUCUUUGUCCGGUUCUAUCCCACCACUUUUAAACCCAAUUAUCUACUCUCUGAAAACCGAGGAGAUAUUGGAGCAAAUUAAAAAGUACCUGAGAAAUCUGAAAAGAACUUCUCCUAGCAGUUGAUGUAUUAGGCGAGCUCUUGAUUUAAGAAUCGUAUGCCUACUGGAUGUAGGCUACCAGUCACUGUAUGGUCAUUUUCUGUUUUGUAUUUGAAGGAACAGUGCAGUAGUUUUCAAACUCACUCCCUGCAUAUUCUGGUUUUCGUUUCAACCACAAUUGCAAUCCCAGAACUUUACUAAAUUGUUAUUGGUUACUAAGAAGACACAUUACAUGUUUUGAGAGAUUAUAUAUCCUCUGAAGCCAAGACAUGCAAGACAUAUAGUGAUACAUACCAUAAAGAAUAAAAAUCCCACGUUCACAUUGCGUUAUGUUGUAAACAAUUGCGUAAAAAGAGGGGGAUAUAUUAACUGAUCAAAUUUAAGACUAGGGCGAAUCAAUAGGCUCUUUGACACUGAUGCCAACCAGUUGGCAGAUAAUGAAGAAUUCAACCAUUUAUGAAACGAAUAAAACACAUGCGAUCAACGGCCGUAAUUAAGCAAGAGAUUGGCAGUAGUAAAAACCAGCAUACACAAGGGUCCCCAGGGCCGAGAAAGAGAACGACUGGAAUAGCGCAAUAGUUACAUGUAUCGUUUUCAUGACGUGAUAUAUUAUUUAAUGGAUUGUUAGUCAUAAAUAUAAGCCUCAAAUGUGUUUUUCAUUUUAUGUCCGUUUAGUCACAAAAAUAAUCAAAUUAAUAUUUGUGUGGUUAGAUUAAAUCAUUAUAUGAACAUCCUGUGAGAAAUAUAACGGCCGCGAAAGUAGAUAAAUUAAAAAAAAUAAAAUAUAAAGGGUGAUUCAACUUAUUUAUUUAUUUAUUUGUUUGUUUAUUUAUUUAUUUAUUUUAACAAGAAGGAAUCCAGGAGACUUUUAAAAUUGGACUACAAACGAACCAGUAAAGCUUUCGGCCCUGGAUCGGCCCAGCAGUUGAAAUUAACAUAACGGGAGAGAAAACGCGAAUUUCGGUCUGUAAUGUUAUUUUAUGACGUACAAAAGUCUCAGUCUUUCAUUCAAACUAAUAUUAGCUCAAAUACACCUGGGUGUGAUUGGGAACGCUGGAGACCCGCUGAAAACAUGAUUUUGUCGAUUAUUUUUCAAAAGGUGUUUCAUGAGAUAUAUUGACCAGCAUAUUCUAGAUGUUUAGUUCAUGCAAAUGCACACAUAUUGUUUGUCAUAUUUUGGGGGGGGGGGGAAAGAUGUCUUGGACUGCACAGGACAGUGAGAUCAAAAUAAUAAAAAUUAAAUGAUAAAAAUAAGACACAAAAUACACAAAAUAACUGCAGAUAUUUUUUAAUCUGUCAUAUCCAUGCAUAUUAAUGUAACUGAUGUGCAAUGUUUGUUGAUGUACAUAUUAUAUUUGAGAUAUUGUGCAUUAAGCAAUUUCAUAAAGUUAUCUCCUUCUGUUUUGCUUGUUUGU